CCUGAUGUGGAGGUGACCCGGGAGGAUGUGGCCGGCUGGUGCGAUGUCGAAGGCUACAACCUGCUACACAUGGCCUACGAGAACCCCAAGCGGUGGUCACAUCUCCUGCAGACACACGUGCAGCUCUCGUUGGCUAAGGGACAUGCCCGCGGGGUCUCUGAUGGGUCCAAAGUCAAGCUAAUGGAGAGGUCAAUCCACAGCGCCCGGUACUGCUUCCUGGAGAACCAGUAUCGCUGUGGGCGGCUAAGAAAGGCGGAGUACCUGGUGGUCUGCGAGUGGUACCGGCAGCUGACGGCCCUCACAGACUGCCAAGCGGACCUGGUGGUGUACCUGCGGACGGACCCACACACCUGCCUGGCCCGGGUGGUGGGGCGUGGCAGACCUGAGGAGGCUGGUCUGACCCUGGGCUUCCUGGCGGACCUCCACCAGCUGCACGAGGACUGGCUGGUGGGGGGGCGGUUCCCAGCGUACGGCCCUGUCAUCACCCUGGACGCUAGUGUGGACCUGCCGGCCAUGCUGCAGGAAUACCAGACACUAGGGGAUACUUUGGGGGGGACACGAAAGGGAGGAGGGGGGCAGGACAGGUAAGGGUGUAGUGAUGGGGGGUGGGGAAGCAACAGACAAGGUGAGGAAAGGGGUAUUACUUUUCAUUCAUUUUUCACUACUCUUAGUACUUUUUAUAGAUUUUUUACUACUCUUAGAAUGCUGUGUGGUGGGCCAGUAUGGCAGGGAGAGGGGGGCAGGGUAGGUUAGGGGGCAGUGGUGGGUGACAGGGUGACAAGCAAGGGGUGAGGAAGGGGGUAAUUGCUCAAGGGGUUAUUUUCUCUACCCUCAGAAUGCCAUAUUUGUUGAUGUUAAGUUGCAUCAUCUAUUUAUUGUAGAACUCAUAGGGGGUGAUAGAGGAUGGGGAGGGAUGGGGGGAAGUCUGGGAGGGGAUAAUAGCCUAUAUUUUAAUCCGUGGGCUUCAGCUGUUGGAAAGCUGAGAAGUGGCCGAGAAACGUCCGAGAAACGUCAACAUUACGCUGCAUUUUGAGACUAAGAAAAGAGGAUGGAAUGUAUAGCAGAGUACUCCUCUCAUAACCAUAAAGCCGUUAAAAAUAUUUACUUUUACUCAAACUCCAUUCUUUUUGGGUGGUGUUUGUUACAAAAUAAAGUCUCGUGAUGCGUGACAUCUAGCCGAGAGUCGCUUGUUGUCUACUUUAGAGAAUUUGACAAGUGAUUACUGUACGGAUAGCUAAUUCAGUCUGCCAUGACCUUACAGCACCACCUAUGACAAAUAAGUGCAUCUCAAGAUCACUCACCCACCACAAUGACUCAGGGCAUGCAUGGUGGGUUGCUCUAUGCCGCCACCGCCUACAAUUAGCUCGAAUUAAGGGUUUUGAGCCGAGCCCCAAACGGGGUCUGCCGAAGCUGCUGGGUUAAGCAUAUCGACACCUUAGUUCCCCUGUUUGAAUAGCCUGUCGUAGAAGUUGCUGGGCUUUUCAUGGACUGUUUUGUGACCCCGGUGAUAGUUUUACAUGGCUUAUGCAUUUUGAACAGGAAAAACACCCAUUAAUAUCUGGUUUAUCUUCUCUGUGGCCUUGGAAAAUAGUUGCCAUGAAAGACAUAUAUAUUUGAUGAUAUGGGCCAAAUGAUGGACAGUGAGGGUAAGGGAGGUGUAAGGAAUUGGGUUGGGCUGGGAGGGGGAAAAGGAUGGUGGACAGCUGGGGUAAGGAAGAGGUGAGGGAUAGAGGAGCCAGCAUGGGGGUGGGUGGGAUGAUGGGGGAUGGGCAAACAGUGUGACAAAGCAUAUGGAAAAAAGAUUAGAUAAAUUCAUGGAUAGUGAGUGAUCUUAGGGGGGGUUAGGUUCACAGGAGCUGCAUUGCAUAGACCUAUCAGCAGACUCCUUACAUUUUUAUAUUCUUAUUAGAGAAAUGCUCGUACCACAACAGCUAAGGCCCAUAUUAUUAAAUGUAUCAGGCCCCCAUUACAACUAUUUCCGAGGCUGCAGAGAAGAUAAACUGGAUUUUCAUGAGUGAUUUUCCUCUUGUAGAUGCAUAAGCCAUGUAAAACUAUCACUGGGAUCACAAAACAGUCCAUGGAAAGCCCAGCAACUUCUACGAGAGGCUUUUCAAACAGACAAACUAAGGUGCCGAGAUGUUUGAAACUACAGGCUUAAGAACUGUUUUUUAAGGCGUGAUUCCUAGCAGGUUAUUUCUUCCUAGAGUUCAGGUGCUGUGUUUGUCGGUAUUGAGUUGCACUAUCAGUUUAUUGGCCCACUCAUAUAGGCUGUUUAGUGUCCCUGACAUCGUAAGCCCAGCGCCAUGUAACAAAAACUGUAAUCCAUGAAAUAAAUGUAACACACACAAAACAUUUCUUUCAUUUCACAUCAGACCACGGGGAGGAGAGGGAUUGGUUGGUGAUGAUGGUGGUGAUGAAUGUGAUGGUGGUGGUGGUGGUGGUGGUGAGGAAGGGAAAGGGGAGGAAUUAAUAUGUAAAUCGCACAUUUUUGAUAAUCAUAAACAAAAAUAAAAACAACAGGGACAAUAUCAUGUGUACGACAGAUGAUAAAUUAUGUUCGUAACUUUAAUUGACUUUGAUGAGCCUCCUUUGUGUUUCUGCAGGUAAGCUUUGGGACACUUGCCUGACCCCCCCCACACACACACACAAAAAUUAAUUUCAUAUCACCUCAGACCACAAACAAAAAAAUGUAC